CAACCGGCCAUGGAGACUUGAGCUGACCAUUUCUUCAAGAUCGUGGAAGGUGGUCUGUUCUUAUUCCCGACAUGGCGAAAAUCUACAAAGAUACCCGGGUCGACCUCCGGCCGUAUUCGCCGAACACCGUCGUCAACAUCCAGAUCCCAACACAAGCGAACACGCAAAGCCGCGCCCGAUUCUCGAUCGCCUCCUCUUCGACCCAGGACGAGCCGAUCGCCAAGGACGAAGAUGACUUCUCUAGACGGUUCCUAACGACUCAGGGAUCGGUCUACUUCCGCAAACGCAACCUCUACCCCCGAACGUUCCUUUGGAGGGUGGUCAAUGACAACAAGGUUCUGGAGAUUCAAUGCGUGGACCUAACCAAGGGCGGCGUUGAACAACAUGAAUACAAUGUUACUAUGCGCCUGGCGUUUGAGGAUCCGAUUGUCCCUUCGGGUGUCGACUUCGCGGAUCUGGAGGACCAUGAAGCGUUGAGCGUUUUCGUGGUCACGGAAUCCAAGCAUCUCCAUACCUUGACACUGCGCCCUGAAUUCUUCCGAAGGACUGCAGCAAUCGAUGAUAACAUCUCUGACUGGUGCAAGUCUUAUUUGCCGGCGCCGCUUACUUUCUCCCACCCUCACCGUUUACAUGCGAGCAGCCCGCUAGAGCUGUUCAUCUCCCUUGAUAAUGGCGCGCUUUUGCGCUUGACCAGGAAGUCUGGUGAUGAUGGCUCACAUUGGACCCCCCUCACCUUCGAUGAGAGAACCUGGGGCUCGUCGUUCCGCGGGUUGGUUAAAUGGCACGCACAGCCUUCGAUCAAGUUCCAGGGACGCAAUCUCGAUCCGAGUACAGCAAACGCUAUCGCCACAACGACCGACCAGACCUACGUGUUCGCCGUCUGUUUGAACCAUACCCUGAAGAUAUGGAAUCUUGCUACCAACAAGUUGGCUGCUACGAAGGACCUCUUGGACCGUGAGAUACCGGAGUCGGAGGAUUUGGGAUACUCGUUGAACCCGUUGGAGUCGUCUUUCAUCCGGGUCUUCAAUAUGGAACGUGCGCUCGACGGCGGGUAUCGCUACUACGUCGUCACUUAUUCGCCGUUUGAAGACGGAGUUUUCAAGUUCUGGGCCGUUAAGGGAGGCCUGACAUCGCCUUUGAUCAUCGAGGAUCUGUAUCCCGGAGCUACAUUAAAGCCCUUGGACCCGGAUUCGACUGGAAGUAUGUUCUGGAGCAUUGCCGAUUUCCAGAUCAAGCCCGCGGAAGAAGGCAAGCGCAUGGAGCUAUGGGUUUUGUGGAGGAACAGCAGUCUGUACCAAUUGUACACCGUUCACUUCAACUUCGAGAGUUUGGUGGCGGAUUGGGGUUCCAACUGGGUGUCCACGGUUAUGGACACUCGCGCACAUGAUGCCCCGCCUGCCAUGGCCUUGUCUGAUGUGGUGGAUCCGACAGAGAAGUGGCUCAAAUUCCUUUUGCAACCGAACAGGUACUCGACCGAUGUCCUUGAGACCGCUCUUUCUAUCUACCAGGAGGCUAUUAGCCCGCUGUCCUCGACUGGUGCAUCAAAGAAGCACACCCCUCUUGUGGAAAGACUCUGUUCCACGAUUGCGAAUACAGUGUCUCUCCGCAAGUUUGCCGAAGAUGAAAUGGAUUUCUCCCGGUAUCGCGUGGACACAGACCAAAAGUGGCGUCAAUUCUGGCAAAUCACGGACGAUGUCAACAAGAAAAGAUUCGAACCUGUUUCUCUGGCGUACGACGCUUAUUACGAGACCCCAUGGAUGCUGCUUUCAGGGAGCUGUGCGGUAAUCCGGGAAUGCAGUCCCACAGAGCUAAUUCUGCACAACUCAGGCCCGGUGCUUCGUUCGGAAGGACCCAAGAUCGUUGAUCGCUGGAGGCACAGGAACUUAGAUGCAGAGAUUGGUAACCUGUAUGAACAAACGUCUCACCUGAUGACGGUUGCUUCUGGUUUCCGGAAGGCCUUCCCCGCCGAUCUUGAAGUGGCCUGUCAAGGCGCGCUUGAAGCAGAGCUCUUCACCGAGCCCUCCACGUCUGUUCAGGAUCGGAUGGACAUUUUCCGCGAUCGGUGUGACUUUGGGGAGCAGAUCUCUAACAAGACGUACGACGGCCUGGUCGCUGCUCUCAAUGAGGGGUUGAAUAUCUUUAGUUUACAGAACGAUAUCUUCUACACUCUCAUAGAUACCAUCCCACUUGGAUUCCCUGGCAAGGACUCCGACCUUUUCCACACUCACUUUGGCGUGAAGGUCAUUGUCAACGGUGUUCAGGAAACGAUUUCGUUUACGCGCAAAACCUUGACCGAUCUUCUAUACCUUGUCCUUUUCGUGGACGGGGAGGUCCAGCAGGAAGAAAACUCUACGUUCGAUGCCGCAGACCUGUUUGUCACGAUCGUAACGUUGCUGCGGGAGUAUGAGAUGAUGUCUUGGCUGAGCUCGAAUUCUCGCAAGUGCUCUGAUAGACCGACACAGACCACGGAGGACCCGACGGCCACUCCUUUCUCUUUGAAGGAAUCAUCGGAGAACAAGAAACAAGACCGGAUGACGACUAUUCUUGAGGACCUGUUUGCCAGUGAUAUCAAGCCUCGCCAAUCCAUCGGCUUGCCCCAAAGUUAUACGAUAUCACUUGGAAUCCGGGAUAUCCUCUCCUGGGUGACUCGUCAGGGCGAAGUUGCGUACCCCAAUGCUCUGGUUUACAUACAAUGCGAUCUCAUCGCCAAGAAAAACAUCGACCUUGCGUGGGACUUUUUGCGUUUUCAAGCAAGCACGUCCUGGGCGACCUACGUGAAGGGUCGACUGUACGUAGCUAUGGCUGAAUACGAUACUGCCGCUUUGUACUUCCGCAAGGCUGCAUAUCUCCUUUCUUGUGGAAAGCCCCUUGGCAACUUGCAUGAGAUGUCGUCUACGCUACUCGACAUUGUUUCCGUGGAUUGCUUCCACAACGGUCUUCCUAAAUACUUCCAACACAUCCUGACGAUAUUCGAACAAGCGCGUUCGUUCUCCCACGUCGCCGACUUUGCCAGUCUCGCGUUGCAGGCCCUUGCGAGUGAGCAUGGAGGCGAGCAAGAUCCGGAAAACUCGAGCUUGCGAGCAGACCUCCUUUCGCGUUCAUUCUAUGCGUCGCUGCAAAACUGCCAGUUCGACCAGGCGUACUCCGCGCUUUCCAGAUACAAGGACCGCGCGCUGCAGAAGUCCGCCCUGAGCUCCCUCAUUACGGGCAUCCUGACCGCAUCAGGGCCUGGCACCGCUGGGCUACAGAAGAUUCUUCACUUCCCGACAUCGCUCGUCCCGAACAUCGCGUCUUACGUGGAUGACAUCCUGGCGUCCCUUGCUCGGAAACAGACAUCCUUCAGCUCCUACCUGGACACCGAGAACAAAUGGACAGACCGAACCCCCGACUACCAAAGAAUCCUGCAAGCGUAUCGCAUUGCUCGGGGCGACUUCCGCGGCGCUGCCGAAGUUGCCUACCGCAAUGUCCAGCGACUACGACACGCCCGUGACCAUUCGACCCAUCUGGUCCUCACCAAAGCCCGAGAAACCGAGGAGAACUAUCCCAUUGAGGAGGACGACCCGGAGAGCAAGGAAAUCCGCCACGAGCUCCUCUCCCUGAUCAACCUGCUCGCCUGUGUCGACAGGAGCGAGUCCUACAUCCUCGUCGAGAAAGACGGCCACAAACCCUCCACCGACCGACGCCGCAGUCUGCAACCUGCCGACGACGAUGGCAACGUCUUCAUGGAAGACACCGCCGACGCAGUCCCUGCCUCCCCCACUCCCUACGGCUCCCACCGCCGCCUGAGCGCCAGCCCAACUGCCAUCCGGCCCUCAAGCCGUCGCGACAGCAAAUCCUCCAUCGCCGCCGCUCACAUCCCCCAACGCCGAGUCAUCGUCACCCUGGACUUCCUGCGUCGCGAAUUCCAAGCUGAACUCGACCGAGUCAGCCGGAUCGAACGCGGCGAUUGGGAAUUCGGGAUUCUGGAUCACAACCCCGCCGGAGAACCGGAUAAUGACGACACGAUGCUCCUCGCCUAGAUAGACUGAGUGAGUUGCAACAACACAACCACCACCACUACCACUACACCACCUUCUCCCCCACCGACUACCAACAAAUAAACAAGCAAACAACAGGUUUCCUACCCUGCAUAACCUGUUUAUCUUCAUCUACCCACAUACACCCAUACAUACAGCACUGUCCAUCCAACUGCGACUGCCAAUCUUCAUUCGAUCGAUCGAUCGAUCGAUCUCUGCAAAUCCGGGCUAGCUUAAGGGGCGGGAGGCGCGCUUUGCUUUGCUUUGCUUUGCAUAAACCAUCCAUCCAACCAACCAACCAUCUUGUGCUUGCAAUUCUUUUCCCCAACUCGAUUUCAUCUAUUCUAG